UUCACCCACUGGUUCAGCUGGAAGCAGUCUUGAGACAAUGUCUUACAUCGAACAACUUGGAUCACGCAUACUAACAAAUCCGAUCACAGUACGUCUUCAACAUGAGCGGUAUUUCCUUGAAGUGAUGAUGUGGAUUCACAUGUGUGUCUGCCUUCCUUUGACCGUACUGAUCAUCUACUAUGUGUGUUGUGUGAUGCAAAGGAGUCAGGUCCCCGUCAUCUAUUACACAAACCUCCUCCUCUCCAAUCUAAUCCAGAUGUGCAUAAUGAUCGUUUGGAUCAUAAGAGUGGAAAGCACCAUGGGUGUUAUUAUUCACCACUUGUGUGUGAUGGCCGGUCUUUACUUCAAGGUGUGCAUUGCUCUGGAAAGGUGUUUUUUCAUCACACUCCCACUGUUGGACUGCCUCAGAGAAACGAGGAGUUCAGUGCUGCUCUGUGUCCUGGUCUGGGCUUUUUGUAUUGUCAGUCUCCCUCUUGCCUUAGUCUUACAUCAGUUCAUACAUUUAAUUAUUUAUGCUGCCCUCCCUGGCGCCCUGUUCAUCUUCUGCUUAGCUCGGACCUUCAGAGCCCUGCAUGCUGCCACCUCAGUGCCCACUCAGGACAAACGUCGAAGUCUAGGAAUUUUGAUUCUGUUGUUCUUUAAGUACUGUGUACUAAUCGUUCCCGUAAUCAUCUUUCCGCAUGAACAUAUUCGCUUUUAUAUCAAUUGGAUCUUGUUUUUGCUCUGUCCUUUUGUGGACUUAGUUUUGUGUCUUUUCAUGCGGCAGGGGCGCAUUGACAGGCUGCUGGCAUGUCUGUGCUCAGCUGAUGCAGCAGCAGAUCAUCGGUGUGACUGACGGCAGCAGUGAGAGGUGUGGUGAUGAAAACAGAGUCAAGAGAGCGAAAGGGGGGAAGAGUUGAUAUCAGAGUGUCAGAGUUUUUUGAUAAAUGAAGCAAACAACAGCUGAUAUCUGCAUCUCAGCCACACUUUUCUCACCUCAGCUGUCCGUUUGUAAAUAAUUUCAAAAUUACUUUAUAAUCACCUUUAACCACUCAUUGUAUUCCAGUACUAAACACAUUUUUCUUUUCUUUUUCAAUUGUUUUUUCAUCGAGAUUUUAAAAGUGUUUUGUUUUCCCUUCCUUGUAAUUAUGAUUACCAGUUAAUAUUCAUUUGUUUCUACAUGCAAAUAAUGUAUCCAAAUAUUUGUAACUUUUUAAAUUUGAAUUUGAAUUUUUAUUUAUGCCAUCUCUCGUUCAUUUUUGUAUGGAACUCUUUAAGGUUAUUUGCAUUUCCUCUCAUCUACCGACUGAUGCUACAGCAGCACGUGUUAUUAAAACCUCUGCAUCUCUUUAUGCACCCAUAAUCCUUAGUUUCGGCUCUCUAAUAAAAAAAAG